AUGACUACAGAGAAUGUAAAAUGUUAUGAAACUUUAACUUAUAAUGAAGAUACCUUAGAAUGUCGCAAUUGCCAAAAUAAGGUUCACUUCUAUUGCAUUGGAGUAACUGAAACUAGCUUUAAGAAAAUGUCAAAAAACUCAAAUUCAAGACUUACAUACCAGACAUAUCUUGGCCCUGCCACAAAAUCGACUAAUGAAACUUCAAAUAAAUUUGAGAAGAUGGAAGAGCUCUUCAAGUCAGUCACUUGUAUGGGUCUGCAUUUCGAUGAAUUUAACAAAAAAAUGGAAGCGGCAUUAUUGGAAAUGAAUCCCUUAAGGACAGAAAAUGAGAAAAUAAAAACAGAAAACAUAAGAAAAGACGAAAACUCAAAAAUCAGUAGUUUACGACCCCACAACGACAUUGCACGCAUGUAA